AUGCAAAGGGUUCUAGAGAUGCUGGCGAAGAUGGGAAGUGAGAUGGUGGAGCUGAAACAUCGAGUAUCCGAGCAAAGCGACACGAUCAGGAAGCUGAGCGCCACGGUUUACAAGCAAAGCACCACCAUUCAGGGACAGGAAGAUCUGAUCAGAGGCUUGGAAGCCCAGGUCCAGGAAUCCAAGGAAGAGUUUCGACAGCAACUAGAUCAGCUGAUGCAAAAGCUGGAUGUAUCGGGCGAGGUGGCUUUGCCAAGCGGCCCUCGAGCAACGUUUGCGGACGUCGCGCGCGCCCUGCCAAACAGCGCGCCCUCCAGUACACGCAGCAUACCUGGUCCAACCAAACAGCAGACAGCCAACGAUUCUGUCCAUUGUACCAUUGACACGUCUCGUGUAAGUGAGCUGAACAGGAACAAAGCGCAAAUCGGGCAGAUACGACAGGCCAUCGAGGUUGAGAUGAGAGCGAAGAACGGACAUGAGACCUGGAGGUGCGCAGCAGUUGUGAGAGAAUCCCGGAACGCCGACCGAGUCAAGAUCGUCUGCAGAGAUGAAGCCGAGCUUCAGCUGGUCAAAGAGGCGGCGCAGAAGACAGCCGUGGAGGGAGCGCGAGUCAUGAGAGACCAGCUGUAUCCGGUCCGGGUCGACAACGCCAACCGGACAGCAAUCCUCGACACGGAGGACAAUAUCCUGCCCGGAGCGAUCGAAGCCUUGAGUGCCGAAAACAGAGUGACCAUUGGCAAGAUUUCCUGGCUGAGCAAACGAGAGUCUGGUAAAGCCUACGGAUCCAUGGUAGUAUACGUCACCAAGAAAAGCGAUGCAGAAAGGCUUCUGGACGGUGACUACUUUGACCUAGCGGGAGAGUCGGCCACCACUUAUAAGUUCGAGCCAAGAACGGGACCGAUCCAAUGCUUCAAUUGCCAGGAGAUCGGUCACAAACAGAGUCUGAUGAACGACGAAGACCUGAAGGAUUUUGUCGCACUGGCUAUAUCUGAGCCACAUGCGCGCAAUAUCGACGGAAAGGUGGUGACGAGUCCUAUGGGACACCAUAACUGGACAAAGAUGAUUCCGACGUGUGUUCGUGACGCCCUAUGGCCGAUCCGCAGCAUGCUCUGGAUCCGAAGUGACCUUGAGGCGGAGCAAGUGCCUGUGCCGUCGGCCGAUCUCACAGCAGCGGUACUCCGACUCGAGGGAAGGGAGGUGAUGGUAGUGUCAGUGUAUGUGCAAGGAAAGAACGACGAGGCGCUGACGAACGCGAUGGAACUGUUGCGCGACGUGAUCGAUCGCUUCCGCAAUGGGACAGGGAGACGUACCGAUGUGGUUUUGGCGGGGGACUUCAACUGCCACGAUAUUCUCUGGGGCGGAGAUGAAGUGUCAGCGAGCAGACAAGGGGAGGGCCAGCCCAUCAUUGACCUGAUGGACGACUAUGGUCUCUGCAGCCUUCUCCCGAGAGGGACGAAAACGUGGCAGAGGUCGGACGAGGAGAGCACCAUCGACUUGGUGCUGGUAUCGGCAGAACUGGCGGACGAGGUGACAUCCUGCCUGAUUCACCCGACAGAGCACGGAUCGGACCAUAGAGCGAUCCAGACGACCUUUGACAUACGAGUACCGGAACGGACCUUUCCGCAGCGCCUGAUGCUCAAGAACGCGCCGUGGAUCGCCAUCGCAACAAGGGUCGAGGACGAGCUUCGGCCUCUCCCGUGGACUGUGGGGGUGCAGACGCAGGCGGAUCAGCUCAUGCGGGUGGUCACCAAGGUGCUUCAUGAUCUGACACCUCGGGUCGCUCCGAAACAGGAGCCGGUGCGGUCCCUAAUCCUCGUUCUGCUGAUCUCGCUGAUCCUGCUUGACCCUGCGCACCCCAUUUGCGCCCGUGGCUGGGUCGUCAUGACGGGCCGUGGUGUGCCUGCUCUCACCACAUCGUUUGCAAUCCGGUUCGGUGCAAUUUGGUCGGUAGUUCUGAGACCGGAAAAGAUCCUUGAUAUCCUUAUUGCAACAAAACAAGAACAUCUCGAUGCGCAGCCAGUCUGGGACGCUGUGAGGGAACUCGCUCUCGAUCGCUCGUCCGGGUACGACCUCGAGGUCCGAAUUCGAGACAAUCAAAGGAGAUCGCGCGCCCGACGGAGAGAGUAUGUCCAGGAGCUCGAACAGCGACUCAGAGUAUACGAGCUCCAGGGCAUCGAGGUUUCGACCGAGAUUCAGAUGGCCGCGAGGAGAGCAGCCGAGGAGAACAAGCGGCUACGGGAGCUUCUCAACAGGCAUGGCUUUAGUGACAGCCAUGUUGCCCAUUUCUUGCAGUCGGGGACUUUCGUGCCACUUGAUGCCAUCAAGGCCAUCCUUUUCGCGCGGGCGACCCUGGGGCCGCCGUCCAGUCACUGGAACAGCUUCUGA